AUGUUACCUGCAGGAAACGGUCUCGUGGUAUGGUUAUGUCUCCAAAGACCGUUGGUUGUAGGAGACCGUCGAUUAAUUAUUACUAGAGUGAAUGUGAUCGUUACUCUCAUAAGACAGGCGGCACGGUUUUUCUGGAACGGAGAAAAUCAAGCACAUAUUAGACAAGAAACAGGUUACAAUGGGCAUAUUGAACGAUAUAGAAAUACAGGACCAUAUGUCGAGAACAACAGUGAUGCAGAAGGACGAGUUGUUUCCCUUAGACAUGAAAAUCGUGCACGCGGACGAGUAGUUGUUCUUAGAAAUGAACAUCAUAACAGAAUUAUAGGACACAAUGAACAUUCUGAAGUCUUGUUGCAGAAUCAAGUUAGAGCUUUACCAUAUAGAUUGAGACAGCAACUUCCAGAUGGACUUAAGUGCUCGAAGUGUAUGCUUAAUAUCCGCGAUGCCGUUAUCAGAGACUGUGGACACUUUUUGUUAUGCCAACGUUGCCUUGUUCGACUCGAUCACUGUCAGAGGUGUGGGAGAAGAAUCCGGGCAUGGAAUGAAGUUUCUUGGUUUUAGCUGUUUAUUUACAAAGAU